AUGGGCCCCUCUGAUCCAUCCAACAGCUCUGAGGAGACAGAGAUCAGCAGCGCAGUGUCUACGACAUGGCACAACAGGGACCUGGCCAGUGGUGGCACGGGCUUCCGCAUCGCAGACAUCACCAAGCUCCUGGGCAUGCAGAUCACCCUCAUUGCAGCCUACUCACUCAUCAUCCUGCUGGGUCUCAUUGGCAACUCCUUAGUGAUUUACAUGAUCCUCAAGUACAAGAACAUGCGGACAGUCACCAACUACUUCAUUGCCAACCUGGCCCUGGCAGACCUCAUGGUGAACAGCCUCUGCCUGCCCUUCACGCUGGUGUACACCCUGCUGGACGAGUGGAAGUUCGGAGCUGUUAUGUGCCACCUGGUACCCUAUUCCCAGGCUCUGAGUGUGCACGUCUCCACCCUGACACUCACAGUCAUCGCCCUGGAGAGGCACCGCUGCAUCGUUUUCCACCUGGGCCAACGCAUCUCUGUACGGAACAGCUUUGUCGUCAUCGCUCUUACCUGGCUGGUGGCGGCCAUCCUGGCUGGACCCUUGGCCAUCUUCCGAGAGUACAGGUAUGAGGAAAUCCCCUCCAUCAACCUGAGGAUUGCGGUGUGCUCUGAGAAGUGGCCUCACGGGAACAACCGUGACGGCACCAUCUACAGCCUCUCCAUGCUCCUCCUGCAGUAUGUCUUGCCUCUGGGCAUCAUCAGCUAUGCCUAUGUGCGCAUCUGGAUCAAGCUGAAGAGCCAUGUGAGCCCCUGUAGUCGCAGCGACAGCAACUACCGCCGGAGAAAGACUACUGAGAUGCUGGUGAUGAUGGUGGUGGUCUUCGGGGUGUGCUGGCUGCCCUUCCACGUGUUCCAGCUGGCCAGUGACCUGGACCUGGUCAUGAGGUUUGAGGAGUACAAGCUCCUCUACACAGUGUUCCAUGUGAUCGCCAUGUGCUCCACCUUCGCCAACCCGCUGCUCUACGGCUGGAUGAAUAAGAACUACCGCAACGGCUUCCUCAUGUUCUUCCGCUGCGAGGACAAGCCCGAGGCCAUCCACCUGGAGUGCUCGAUGCGGACCAGGUUCAACACCUUCCGGACCGUGACGCUGAACGGCAGUCACAAGUGGGGCGCUAGCAAUGGCCAGCCUCCCACAGCUGUUUAGGCU